AUGACGGAGAAGGAUGCCGCCCAGCAACGUGCCGUUCUCACGAGGAAGCUGAGCCCACACUCCAUGUCUGGCGAUAGGGGAAGUAGUAGCAGGGGUAGCUACGAGACAGGCGAGUCGAGCGCCACGGGUAGUAUCCUCAACGACACAACGCUUUUGCCGUCGCCCGACGAGUCGAGCGGCCGCCGUCCACUUUCAUCGAGCCCCCGAGAUGCGGAAUAUACGAAUGGAUACCAUGGGAAGGAUGCAAGGAAACAACGGGCACCUAGGCAUCGCUCUAACGGGGCCUUCCUACUACAAGACGCCAUUCGGAACGACGAGGAUUCCGAUGGGGAUCAAGGGCCUCGCCUGCGGCACGUACGUAACCUUCCGCCCAGCCGCAGGACAAAAGACCAUGGGAGAGCGCCGGACAAGUCAGGAUCCAGCGCUGGUCGUGAGGCCGGGCUCGGACUCGCAGGGCUGGAUAGUCCGCCCAGGGGAAACGGGGACACCUCGCCAACGCGCGCUACACACGACUUGACCAUCAGAAAACGAGAUACGGCAAAAGUCAGACCCCUUUCAGGAACGAGCUUUACACCGGUCGCAAACCCGUCGCUUGACAUCGACUCUGCGCAGAUUGUAAACAUGGCCUUGAACUUGAGCGAAUCAAGGAGACAGGUAUCGCGGAGGAUAGCGCCACCCCAGGCAGUCCCGACCCUGGCACAACUCCCAGACGGCACGACGGGCGCCAACCUCAAAAACCAUUUACAACAACAGAGAAGAAUAUCGCGAACGAGGUCCCCGGGGCCUGACAAGGCACUGACACCGCGACUCCCAUCUACCGGGAUCUUGAGCAGCCCACUGCAGGCGACAUUCGAUAUGAGUCGCGAGGGAACCUUUCGUAAUCACUUCACUGCGUCGACCUUGGCACGAGCGCAAAAGGCAAAGGAGCAUUUAGAACUCAUGGCCCAAUACCGGCGUCUCUUGGAGCUAGUGCCACCUAUACAGCCACACCAUCACAGCCGCCCGACAACCGCUAGCCCGCCGACGUCCUCAGGAGGUGUUACUAGAAUCCCGACCUACGGCAGCUCUGACGGUAGUGUGCGGCUUGGGCGGCCGUACAACCCAUUACAGUACAUCCGAAACAGGAAGGUUCGGGCCCGAGAGCGCAAGGCCAUUGACGGGGAGGGUCAGGGGUUUGGAGACAUUGUGAAGGUUGCCGACUGGGUCGAUGAGGUGGCCAAAUGGGCCGCCACAGGUCAAACGAGCGCAGAUGGCUGUAUACUUCCGCCUUUUGCAGACGCAGAUGCCUCAGAGCGACAGAAUGCUCUUCAGCUGGCGGCGAACGCCAACAAGCCACGAAGGCCAAGGCUUGACUGGAUUGUAGACGCAGCGGACCUGCUGGCUGAUGCGUACUGGUUAGAGCAGGACCAUCACAAGCAGUUGAUCGAAGACCGCCACUGGCGGCGCAUAUUUCCUAAGGACGUCGACGUUCACAGACCUCUGUCAAGGCAAGACGAGGACUACGGAAGCGAAUCUGGGCAAACGCCAGGGCACAGAGAGAACGAAGAGUUAUGGCCAGCAAUCGAUCCCAGGACCAGCAACCCGAAACUCGCCAAGUCGGAUACGGACCACUCUACAGGUAGUGCUCGGGAGCGUGCUCGCCAGAAGCUGCAUGAUCUCACAGGGCAUCAUCACCAUCGUCACAGCAACUCGAUGCAUAGUCAUCACGACUGGCGGCAUGGCAAGACGUCCUCGGAUCUAUCAGACAGCGAGAACGACGGAAAGCUAAAGAAGGAGAGGAGGAGCCGAACGGGUACACUCACCAGCAGUCACCAAGACAUCCUAGAGAAGCAGAUGCUCGAGAUGAUUGCCAAGGAGGCGAGAGAUAACGCCCCCAAGAAGCCAGACGGAUCGGGUUACGUGACGCCAGAGCGAAACGCCGGGGCUAGAUCGCACCCGCAAUCUCGACAGCAUAGCCGAAAGGCGUCGAUUGUGGAGGUCAGCGAGUCUGACGAAAGGAAGAGUAAGGACAAGCCUCGCUUCACCCCGUUGCACCUUCAGCGCCCGACGAGGUCCAGCCUAGAAAUUCCGAUGCCGGCCAGGAGAAGCUCCUUCGAGAUUGACUCGUCACUACCGAACUCUCCCGACGGGGCAGCCCGCGGGGAUCCCUUGAUCCCGGCAUUUGGUGGAGAUCUGUCAGCCGAAUCUAGCCGUGCUAAUUCUCCAACUCGAAACCCGUUCUCGAAGGUCAGGCAGAUCUUCCGCGAGCGCAGCAAGGAACGAAUCGGCGACCGCAUUUCGGAAGAGAAGUCAAGCGCCGAGGACCUGCCCGGCGCCCCUAGAACACCGUUCGAGGCCUCGCCGGAAUCGUCUGGGGAACGGAGGUCGACAGACAGGCGAGGGUCAUCCAGAAGCCCCUCUCGUAAGGUUACACAACGUCAGACAGGCGAGAGCCACAAGUCUCAUCGCAGUGUUACAAGCAUCAAGCUGCGCAGCGACGAGCCUGGUGUCCGAGGCAUCUUCAAAGGAGCCCGUAUUGACAAUGUCAUUCGCGGUGGAGUAUCAAAGCUCGGUGACUUGAUCUGGCGUAAGGAGUCGGAUAUUGGUGAUGGCCCGUCCGAAACGGAGGGCACGACGACGGACGAGUCGGACACAGAACAGAGGGGCAGAAGAAGAGGCGAGACACAACUCUCAAGAACCGCCUCCAUUAGGAGCCAAGAAAUGCGCCAGCAGAGCGCCAGGACGUACUUGGACGUUAUGCCGACCUUUGACUAUACUUCUCAUGAGAAGUUGAGGCACACGGAAAGCGCGCCAGCAGAUUUGCCUGACAAUUCACCACCAUCGGCGAGCCGUAAGUCGCCUCGUUUUGAUAGGCUCAAGCCGCCACGUAUCGACAUCAUGAGCGCAUCGCCAACCUCGUCACACGGCUCAGGCAAACGAUUGUCAGACGUCUCUGAAAUCGAACCGUUGUCUGGCGGGCGCAUUACGGGCGUGAAGCAGGCGGACAAGCGCCUCAACUCCAUCAUCACCAUGCCACCCUUUAUACCUGACGGACGGCCUGGAUCUGCAUCCAACCGCAGCCGUCAUUGGUCGAUCUCGGAUCAUAGCCCGGCACCGGAACGAGCUCCGAUGUCGAAGCGGGAAGUUGCCCGUCUCCGCGCACUGGUCUUGAGCUCUGGUAUUAAGGCCAUGGAGAUUACACGUCGUGCCAACGAGCCCCAUCUUGUGUUUGCGGACCGGCAAACGCCGUCGCAGAACGACUUCCAAGUCGCCAACGUCUUUUGGCCCGAGAUUGCGAAACUCAGUCCCGAUCCUAACAGCUUGCGCAACAAAGCUGUCCCUCAGACGGAGCUGUACCAGCUCGCCGCUAAGACCCUCGGCAACUCUAUCCAGUGCUCCGGCCAAGAAUGGCAAAAGACGGCCGACCUCUUCGUGUCGGACACUGUGCCCGCCUUGUACUGUCGGGUUGAAGAUGUCCGCCGCCGCGUCGCCACUGACCUGUCAGCCAUGACGCGCGCAGCAGCCGACGAGGCCGACGAGACAAGUCGCGAUCUUACGCUGGGUCAGAGGCUGAAGAUCAAGCACACGCUCGAUGUCAUUGAGAAGAUGCUGCGACGGCGUAGACGUAGGUUCCGCUGGGUCCGUCGCGCCAUGUGGCUCGCCGUCGAGUGGGUGCUCGUGGGCUUCAUGUGGUACGUAUGGUUUGUCGUCAUGAUCCUGCGGGUGUUUUGGGGUGUCGGGCAAGGGGUCGUGGGGGCGGUGAAGUGGCUGUUGUGGUUGUGA